AGCAGAUUUUUGCGCAUGCUCAGAGGGAGUGGUCGGUAACUACUUCCGGUAAGGGUAUACGCACGCUGUGGCAGCGUAGGGGGCCUGGGUUUAGUGUCGCAGAAAAGCCCCGGCUCCAGGGAGUUUGGAAUAGGUAUGAGUGAUUCCAGUGAAGAACUGAAAAGGCCCACAACAGAGGAUGACCUGAGGGGAGUGCAUGUGCUCUCUGGUUCAGGAAUGUAUUUUCCUUGGCUCCAAAAGCAUGUAGAAACUGUGGUGACUGGAGGGAAAAAGGAGAAGGAUUUUGCUCAGACAACAAGUGCUUGUUUAAGUUUCAUCCAAGAAGCUCUGCUGAAGCACCAGUGGCAGCAAGCUGCAGAAUACAUGCACAGUUAUUUUCAGAUCUUGGAAGAUUCUGAUAGCAACAAAAGGCAGGGUGCGCCUGAGAUUAUUUGGAAGCUUGGAAGUGAAAUUCUGUAUUACCAUCCCAAAAGCAAUGUGGAGACUUUUAACACCUUUGCUGACAGGAUGAAACAUAUUGGUGUCAUGAAUUACUUAAAGAUCUCCUUACAACAUGCAUUAUACCUUCUGCAUCAUGGAAUGCUUGAGGAUGCAAACAGAAAUUUCAGCCAGGCAGAGACAUGGAGAUACGGUGAAAAGUCAUCUUCCCAGGAAGUGUUAAUCAACCUUAUUCAGGCCUAUAAAGGGCUUUUGCAGUAUUAUACUUGGUCUCAAAAGAAGAUGGAAUUAUCUAAGCUUGAUAAGGAUGAUUAUGUUUAUAACACAGCAUCCCAGAAUAUGCUUAACCACAGCUGGAAGACAUCUGUAAACCUUUGUGCAUUGAUUCAAAUUCCUGGAGUUUGGGACCCUUUUGUGAAGAGUUACGUAGAGAUGCUGGAAUUCUAUGGGGAUCGAGAUGGAGCCCGAGAGGUACUGAGCAAUUAUGCCUACGAUGAAAAAUUCCCAUCAAAUCCAAAUGCUCAUGUCUACUUGUACAACUUUCUAAAGAAAGAGAAGGCACCAAGAGAGAAACUGAUAAGUGUGCUGAAGAUUCUGUAUCAGAUUGUACCAUCUCAUAAACUGAUGUUAGAAUUCCAUAGAUUGCUGAAAAAAUCAGAAAAAGAAGAGCACCGUAAACUGGGAUUGGAGGUAUUGUUUGGAGUCUUAGAUUUUGCGGGAUGCACUAAAAAUAUAACUGCUUGGAAAUAUUUGGCAAAAUAUCUCAGACAGACCUUAAUGGGGAAUAAUGUUGCCUGGGUUCAGGAAGAGUGGAGCUCCAGGAAAAACUGGUGGCCAGGCUUUCACUUCAGCUACUUUUGGGCAAAAAGUGAUUGGAAAGAGGAUGAAGCUUUGGCUUGUGAGAAGGCUUUGGUAGCUGGACUGUUGUUAGGAAAAGGUUGUAGAUACAUUCGGUAUAUUUCAAAACAAGAUCAUCAAGUCCUGAGGAAGAAAAUUAAGUGGAUAAAGAAAUCAGUGAAAAAACACAGUAUUGUAAAUCCAAGAGUCUGAUACUGAAUUUUAGUUAUUUCAGAUUAGCAUUGGUAGUUCAGUAGAUAGUCAUUGAAUGUAUUUAUUUAUUUGAUCUUUCAAGAAGGUAGUUUAUAUGGCUACAAAGAAGUUAUUUUUAUAUUUUUCUAUGUUUUCUUUUACCAGCAGUUAUAGCUAGAGAAACAGUCUCACUGCCUUUGCAAUUUAUAAAUACAUUUUUUUCCUCUUUUGUACUGUUAAACUGUAACAUUUAUUAAGGAACACUCUUCAAAUAAAAAUAUAUUUAUCUAAUUAGAGA